AUGACUCGCGCAACUGAGGCUGCUACCUUCUUUGGUAUCACCGCGGCUAUAUACUUUGCCCUGUUAUUCCAGUGGCUUCCCAUUACCCUGCCCAAGACCGUUCAGGAAUUCACUCUCCCUGUUCUUCCUUGGUGGGCGCUGGUCACCUUCGGCGCUUACAGCCUUGGUAACAUUGGAUAUCAUGUCCUGACUUUCCGUGAUUGUCCUGAAGCCUAUGUUGAGCUACAAACGCAAAUUUCGCAAGCUCAGAAUGAUUUGAGGAGCAAAGGCGUCACAAUUUGA